AUGGAACUCCUAAAUCACAAACCGGGCCUGUAUGAUAACCUUCCAUUAAAUAAUGUACCAAUUUACCCAAUUAAACAAAAAUGUAAAUUCACACAUAAAGUAAAAUAUGUAACGAAAAUAACACGAGAAUUUCAAAGAACUCAAUUACCUAUCACUCCAGCAUUUGCACUCACGGAAUUCAAGUGUCAAGUCGAUUUAGAUGGUGGAAAAAUUGGAGCCAGUGUCUACGUAAUGUUGUCUCGAGUACAAAGACUAGAAGACAUCAUGAUACUUCGGCCUUUCAACCGAACUAAAACUAACAUAAUGAUCGAUCUUGACCUUGAAAAAGAACUUAAACGUUUUGAAGAAAUCUCAAAAAUAACAGAUCAAUUAUUUAUAUAA